AUGACGGCCCCGGAUCACGAUGUCAUCGACACUCCGCCCCGCGCUCCUUCACCCGUUCACAAGUUUGGAACUCUCGCUGUCCAUGCUGGCUCGCCCCAUGAUCCUGUGACUGGAGCGGUCAUAGAAUCGAUCUCUCUAUCCACCACCUUCGCUCAAACCGAGGUGGGGAAACCCGUGGGAGCGUAUGAGUACACUCGGUCCUCGAAUCCUAAUCGCGAUAACUUCGAGAAGGCCCUUGCUGCCCUCGAGUCCGCGCGCUACGCUCUUGCCUUCUCCUCGGGAAGUGCCACCACCGCGACCAUCCUUCAAUCUCUCGCCUCCGGUUCCCAUGUCAUCUCCGUCUCCGAUGUGUAUGGAGGAACGCAUCGAUAUUUCACCAAGGUCGCCAAGGCCCACGGGGUAUCGGUGACGUUCUCCCCCAGCAUUGAGAUUGAUGUGGCCACGCUCAUUAAACCGGCCACGAAGCUCAUAUGGAUCGAGACGCCUUCUAACCCGACGCUGUCCCUCGUCGAUAUCCGAGCCGUCGCCCGCAUCGCACACGACCAUGGGAUCUUGGUCGUGGUCGACAAUACCUUCCUUUCCCCGUACAUCCAACAGCCCCUCCUUCACGGCGCUGACAUCGUCGUGCAUUCCGUCACGAAAUACAUCAAUGGCCACUCGGACGUCUUGAUGGGCGUUGCGGCGUUCAAUUCGCCCGACCUCCACGAGAGGCUCUCCUUCCUUCAGAACGCGAUCGGUGCGGUUCCUGGCGCAUUCGACUGCUGGCUCGCUCACCGCGGCCUGAAGACGCUCCACCUCCGGGCUCGCGAAGCCAGCAAAAACGCCACCAUGGUCGCCACGGCGCUGGAACAGUCGCCGCACGUGAUCGCCGUGAACUAUCCCGGAUUAGCCUCGCAUCAUCAACGCAGCGUCGCGAUCAAGCAGCACCGAUCCGGCCUGGGCGGUGGCAUGCUGUCGUUCCGGGUCCGCGGCGGGCAGGCGGCGGCCGAACGGUUCUGCCGGGAGACGCGCAUCUUCACGCUGGCCGAGAGUUUAGGGGGAGUGGAAAGCCUGGUCGAGGUCCCCGGGGCCAUGACGCAUGCGGGCAUCCCCAAGGACCAGAGGGAGGCCGCCGGGGUCUUCGACGAUCUGGUGCGGGUCAGCUGCGGUGUUGAAGACGGGGAGGACCUGGUCGCGGACGUGUUGGUGGCUCUAGAACGCACAGUGAAUCCGAAG